AGACUUUAUCGCGAAUCGUAGCGGAUUCCUGCAAUGUGUCUUAUCAACAAGAUAUCUCAUUGGAUUGGAAUGACUACUACCUCUUCGAGUUCGAGAAUUACGAUUCGCGACGCUUUGUGUCGAAUCAGCGUUUUACGCUUUUUAUGAAGAUAAUUGAAUUCGCGGAAAAUCAAACGAUCUUCCGAGUACACUUGGAACACGUAACAUUCUGACGAAAUUAUUUAUAACUAUUCUCUCCUUGACUUUUAUAUAUACAUAUACACUGAACGUCAUAUAUGUAUAAUGUAUAGAUGUCUUAACACUUUAGAUGAAUUUUAUAGAAGUAUUUUCAAAAGGAAUGCAUUAUGUUUAUAUAUCCAGAUAGUUUCGGUUUAAUUUUAUAGAAAUUUAUAUAUUGAUUUCGAUUUCUUUUAAUAUAAAAUAAUAUCAGUCUGUCAUUCUCUCUCUUUUCUUUUUCUUCUCUCUCUCUCUCUCUCUCUCUCUCUCUGUCUCUCUCUCUUUUCUCCAUUUUAUUUGGUAUCGAUUAUAUGAUACCAAAUAAAGUCUUCAAUCUUUUAUGACUUUAUUACAGUUUAUAACAGUUAACUUGAUCUUUCACGAUAGUUCAGGCGAUGACAAAAAUUGCAGACCCAUCUCGAUAAAGAAUAGAAAGAAAGAGAAAGAGAGGAAAUAAAGUCCAAUGAGAAAAUAUUCGCGUAAGGACAUUGUAUUGUUUGGCAUAAUCGAAGUUUAGCAAUAUCGGGAGAAGUGAAAGUGCAAGCAGGAGCCACAGAGACUCUUUUAUGUAUUUAAAAUGCAAAAGCAUAUUUAUUUCGAUCGCUAUUAAGGGUAUCAUUGUACUAAAUGUAUAUCCCUCGCUUUUCAAUCCCCUAUGCCUCCCCCCCCCUCCCCCUCUAUCCCUACCCCCUCACUCUUCUACCGCCCAUUUUUCUUGUCGAUGGUAUAUCUACACAUAUAUUUGUAUACACAAUUUAUGCAUUAUGUAUACAUACAUACAUAUAUAUAUGCAUACACUACGAGAGACACACGGUAAAUUACGCGACGCGAGGUAUAUAUAUAUGUAUAUGUACGCGUGCCUUUUCCGAGAAGAAAGGCCUACCUAUACGAUUAAUCAUGCUAAAUUUUUUGCACAAUUUAUACGUGUAGCUGAUAUGAAAUACGGUUUUUUGCUAACGAGAGUAGCCGAACUACUUAAUGCGAGCGACGAGACGCGAGAAGUGUCACGCGUGUGCGGAAGCGAGGAAGAUAAAGAAAUUUAUGAAAAAAAAAAAAUUCUCCGAAUCGAAAACGAGCGAACAAAAGCAUUGUUCCCACCGAUACUUGCGCGAAUCGCAACCGCUCGUGUAGCCUCUUGUUGAGACCUAGAUAGAGACGUAUAGAUCCAGCGAGUCUCAACCCGCGACAGCUCAGAUAGUCGCUCAGUGGAAUCGAUCGAGAGACCGAAGGAGCGAAUAAAAUUCGAUAGAGGAGGAUUUUCGUUUGAGUGAGCGAAAAUUGCCACGUUCAGGAACGAGGUUGAGAAUCUUCGCGUUAGGUGUAGAAUAUACCAUUUUCGUACGGUAGACGAGUUCCCGCGUAGAGACGACAUUUCCUAAGGAUAAGCGGCGGCAAAGGUCGAAGGAAUCGCUACUUCGGAAAUUCGGAAUUAUACGAUUUUAAUAUUAGAAAUUUUCCUGUUCUCCGUGAUAUGAAUUAUCUCUAUUUUUAUUAGAAUUACUUCCGAUUAAGAAUUUUUUUAUUUGACUUAUAAAAAACUAGAAUGUGUAGAGAUAAAGAGAGAAAAGUAUGAUUGUGAUAGAAUUAAUUUAAUUUUUAUUUAAUAGAAAUUUAUACGUAAUUAGUAAGCCACUUUUAUUCAAUAUUUUUUUUUAAUAAUAUUUAUAUUAAAUUGUUUCCAAAUCGGAUGCAUUUUGUUUACGUGCUGCAUAUGACACAUUGCAUCAAUUCAGUUUCAAUUGUCGUCAUGCAAAAAUGUUGAUCCUUCUGUAACAAUAAGCAUUUUGAUUGCUUGAUUGCUCCGAUUAAUUGAUCAAUUGAGCGUAAUCUUUUUCUCUCUCGAUAUUAAAUCGCUGCACGUGGCCUUCGAUUUUGUCGCCGCGAAACCUUUCGCUAGUAUGAAAAUUUUCCUCGGUUUUGCUCUUCUACAAUUGUAGCCUAUUUUUAGCUGUCGAUCCGAUCUUCGCCCUUCACCUGCUUUCCCAAGCCCUUCCUCAAUCGAUAUAGAUAAAUGCCGUUUCAAUCGAAUAUAUUACACGUUAAAUGGAUUAACAAAGAAAAAAAGAUGACGCUGAUUUGGCGGGGUGGUAUUUGUAAAUAAAGCUGUAAAAGCGAUGAAACGGUGCAAUCAUUUCACCUGCAUCGGUGUAGAAUUAGAAGAAAUAGAGUUUUUUAAAAAUGAAAUAGUCAAGCACACGCGCAUGCUUUUAUUUAACAUAUAAAUUUCAUCGAGAAUUUAUUUUAUAGUUGAAAGCAAAUAUUUAAAAACAUUUAAUAUAUUUCUAUUUAUCGGAUUGUUUAUCGUUAAUCUCGAAAGAAUAUUGGAACUGAUUUUAACAAAUUAUUUUCCUUGACAUUGAAUGACUUCACAUUCUUCUUUCAUCGCGUUAUAUUGCACCAUUACGGCUCACUUUGCGUCAUAAAAAAUAAGAACACUGACGUUUAUUGCGUAAGAAAAUAUAAUCCAUUAAACAGAAUUUUUUAAUCUUAAAAUUAGGAGAGAGAAACAAACAUUUCUUCUGAUUGUUUAAUAAAUUGUAAAAUGAAGUAUAAUACAUUCGCAUAAAUCUUUAUGAAUGACAAGGCAAAGAUUUGCCUGUUAGACUUUGCUCAGAAUCAGACAAUCAAUUUGUCAGAUACUUAAAUGUUUUUCAUCGAUGAGUGUGUUGCAUUUUUCCUCUCACAGUUAGCCACAGUGCCAAAUGGAAGCUCUACGAAACCUAAUCUUUCCUUUGUCUUUUCUUUAAAUUGCUUUAUUAUAGUUUCGGAGGGAUAAACUUUCUCUUUCAUUUAUCUUUUAUUUUUUGGACAUGCUUGUCAAAAGUUUUCUAACUAAGAGAGAAUGAGUCUUCAAGUGGGAAGAGUUGGAGAAUUUUUUGAACAGUCCACCAGUUGAAAGGUAUACGUGUCUCGAGGCACAUAAACUGCGUCCUGCAUUCCUUUUCGUGCGAAAGCAUAUCUUCGAAGAAGAACGUCGUCGGCGAUCAGUCGAAGCAUAGUCAUCGCGGCAAAAAGUGCUACGUACGAGGCUUAUAAUCGAGCAAUCGUGAAGUUGUUAAAUCGCAGGAAUUAUUAGUUUUAAUAAUGAUAUAAAGGAGAGAAAAUAAUCAUCUUUAAAAAUUGUGAAUAAAUAUCUUUGAAUCAUUCAAGUCAAGAACACGUCUUUGAAUUCAAAUUUUUCUCAUCGGCUGUCAUCGUAAAAAUACUAUGGAUUCUUCGAUGGAGCGACAAGAAUCUUCAUCGUCCCCCGAGCAAUUUUGUGAUUUCCGAUGGAAGAUACCUAUACAGACUUUUAAAGAAUACUGCGAUACAAUCAUGGCUGAAGAGAUGCCAGUUCAAAAGUUUAUAAAACCUGGGAGUCAUAAGGGUAAAAGCAUCGCCGUGUUCACCAGCGGUGGCGAUUCUCAAGGAAUGAAUGCUGCUGUACGAGCGGCUGUAAGGAUGGGUAUUUAUCUUGGAUGCAGGGUGUACUUUAUCAGAGAAGGCUAUCAAGGUAUGGUAGACGGCGGAAAGAACAUCGAAGAAGCCACUUGGUCGGCCGUGUCUUGCAUCAUCCACAAGGGCGGCACAGUAAUAGGCUCUGCUCGAAGUGACGAAUUUAGAGAGCGUUCUGGUCGUCGAAAAGCCGCCAAGAACUUGGUGAACCUGAAUAUAACCAAUCUAGUAGUGAUCGGUGGAGACGGUUCUCUCACAGGUGCCAAUCUCUUCAAGGAUGAAUGGCCCGAACUUCUAAAGGAACUUGUCGCGUCUGGAGAUAUAACUGUCGAACAGAGCGAGAAGAACAAGCAGUUACACAUUGUCGGAAUGGUAGGUUCCAUCGAUAAUGAUUUCUGCGGUACGGAUAUGACGAUUGGUACUGAUUCAGCGUUGCAUCGUAUCAUUGAAAGCAUAGACGCUAUAGCUAGUACAGCUUACUCUCAUCAGAGAACGUUUAUAAUGGAAGUUAUGGGUCGUCAUUGUGGUUAUCUGGCUCUGGUGACAGCUAUAUGUUGCGAAGCUGAUUAUGUUUUCAUCCCAGAAUGGCCACCUGAGCAGGGGUGGCCCAACAAGCUGUGCAAAAAAUUAUUGCAGGAAAGACUCACUGGUCAACGACUUAAUAUUAUUAUUGUGGCUGAAGGUGCUGUUGACAGAAACGGUGAGCCAAUUACAGCUGAAAAAAUUCAUAAAGUAGUCGUAGAAAAAUUACAGCAGGAUACAAGAAUCACUGUUCUGGGCCAUGUACAAAGAGGCGGCAAUCCUUCAGCCUUUGAUAGAGUUUUGGGCUGCCGGAUGGGAGCUGAAGCUGUAAUGGCUUUAAUGGAGGCGGCACCCGAGACAGAAGCGUGGGUCGUAACGUUGGAUGGUAACCAAGCAGUGAGAUUACCACUCAUGGAAUGCGUUCGUCGUACGAAAGCUGUGGCGCAGGCUAUGGCUAAUAAAGAUUGGGAUCUUGCUGUGAAACUUCGAGGAAAGGGUUUUGAACGUAACUUGGAAACUUACAAGAUGCUGACUCGUUUGAAAGCUCCGGAUUUAGAUCAUACUGCAAAGGAAAUUAAUGGCCGCACAUUAACGAAGCAAUACACUUUAUGUGGACAAGAUCGCUAUACAGUAGGAGUCAUGCACAUAGGAUCACCGUCCUGCGGUAUGAACGCAGCGGUUCGCUCUUUCGUGAGGAAUUGUAUCUAUCGAGGUGAUAAGGUAUAUGGUAUCUGUGACGGAAUCUUGGGUCUCCUGGCUGGUAGAUUGAAAUUGAUGGAGUGGCCAUCUGUCACCGGUUGGGUGGCGGAGGGUGGCGCGAAGUUGGGAACGAAGCGCACACCGCCCCAGGAAGAUCAGUUACCCUUAAUUGCUCAAAAAUUGAAAGAGUUUGGAAUACAGGCGCUACUCAUCAUAGGUGGAUUCGAGGGUUAUCAAACUGGUCUAACAUUUUUCAAAGCGAGAGAUAAAUACGAGGAGUUCAGGAUUCCUAUUGCUAUGAUUCCUGCAACUAUUAGCAACAAUGUGCCAGGCACUGAAUUUUCGUUGGGUUGUGAUACAGCUUUGAAUGAAAUUACAGAAAUCUGCGAUCGUAUUCGACAAUCGGCACAAGGUACCAAACGUCGUGUAUUUGUCAUCGAGACGAUGGGUGGUUUUUGCGGAUAUUUAGCGACCGUCGCUGGACUAGCCGGCGGUGCCGACGCGGCUUAUAUCUACGAAGAGAAGUUUAAUAUUAAAGAUUUGAAUCAAGAUGUUAUCGCAAUGGCGGCGAAGAUGUCGGAGGGUGUCGAGAGAGGCCUUAUUAUCAGGAAUGAGAACGCCAAUGAGAAUUACAAUACGGAAUUUAUUUAUAGGCUUUUUAGCGAAGAAGGAAAAGGUUUAUUCAGUUGUAGAAGCAACAUACUCGGACACAUGCAACAAGGUGGCUCGCCAACUCCCUUUGACCGUAACUUGGGAACAAAAAUGGGUGCUAAGGCAGUUGAAUGGUUUAGCGAUCAGUUGAGAAAAUGUACUAGCCCCGAUGGCAAAACGGUUACUACAGCAGCUGAUAGUGCGGUGAUGCUUGGUAUUAUCAGACGUCAAUAUAGAUUUACGCCGUUCACGGAGCUUAUCGAUGUUACGGAUUUUGAACAUCGUAUUCCGACAUAUCAAUGGUGGAUGAAACUGCGUCCACUGCUGAAAGUAUUGGCAAAGCACGAGUCGACUUACGAAGAGGAGGGUCUUUACAUAACUGUUGAAGAGAUGAACCAACAAAAGGAUCCACCUCUUGUAUGAAUCGCGAAAUCGAUUACCUAAGGCGUCAUCAGGUAAUACAGCGGUCAAAUGGAUAUUACUGAUCGUGUGAAAAGUAGUAGAUGUUUAUGAUUAAGAGUAAUCACAGUAUUGUAUGAUAUUAUGAUAAUUUUAUCGCUGCUCGACGAGAAAAAUGAGAAUCUUAUAUAUAUUUACUGGAUCAUGUACAUCUUGAAAAUUUUGAUUGUAUACAUUAUUAUGAUUUUUUCAUAGUAACGUUUAUAUGCUACGUUUGUCCUCGUAGCUAUUUAUUUAAGAUUUGGACUCAAAUUUUUUGAAUAUAAAUAAUUUGAAUGUAGCUAUAAUAGAUGUGAUCGAGAAUAUAGGAACGUACUUUUCUUUUUUGUUUGGAAAUCAUGUUUGUGUCUUGAAUGCUUUCCAACUCAGGUGAGAAAUAGGUACAAAGGCAGUAUCUGCGCAAAGUGCAAAGGUAAGGUAUAUUUUAAAUUUGAAAACAAAAUAUAAGAGCGGUAUCUGUUGGCAACGAUACGGUAUUGUUACAGUAUCUUAUAGUAAUGUUAAAAAAAUCACGUUGCGUAUACAUUGAUGUAUAGUGUGAAAGAUAAAUUAGAAUCUAUAUAUAUAUAUAUAUAUAUAUAUAUAUAUAUAUAUAUAUAUAUAUAUAUAAAAUUUUGUAGUGUAGCAAGAUAUACAAUGUUCAAGCGCUAAAUAACGAACUAAAAUAAUAUUAUUUUUUAUUUUUAUUUACGAAAAUUAUGCAGGAAUACAUGGGGCUAUAAAUUGGAAACUAACGACGUACAAAAUUUACAUUUGAUGUGCUACUCGAACCUAAUACAUACACAAUUUUCGCACUUAUAUUUUAAUUAUCAUGGAUUCAGCAACUAAACGUUUAUUAGCAUCACCAGCGAAUAAUAACAUUCUUUGUAUAUUUUUAAUGUUUUGGACAUUAUAUAUAUGACUAUAUAUGUGAGUUACAAACUAACAACCGCAAAUCUUUCGAUAUUUCGUUUUUGCUUGAUUUUUUAAGUAUAAUUGCGCGAUAUGUGAAACGUUUAAUAAAAAUGAUUGUAGCCUGGAUCGAGAAGUAAAUCAGAUUUCAAAAAUUUUUCAAAGAGUUUCACAGAUCAAAUAUUCUGAAUCGUAUUUGUGGUCUACUAAGGUGUAGGAUUAAAAAAGUAAUGCAAUAUUUUGCACUCGGUGAAAGUGUUUAUCCUUCGGUUUAGCGUUACUCGCGAAGCUAUAAAAAGCUAUUGGAGAAUAUACCUGUCUACCUCAAAACAUAAUUUUGCAACGAUGAACGAACGACUCGCAGGAAAGAAAUUGAUCCGAGUCGCGCGUUAUAGUGUUGCACGUAACGUUAAAGGGAAAAAUUUGCUAAAAUUUAAGAUUUGUGUGACCACAAAGAUAUUUAGAUUUAAUUCUUUUUCUCUUACUCUCUCUCUCUCUCUCUCUCUCUCUCUCUCCCUCGUCCCCUCUCCCUCCUCUCUCUCUUUCUCUCUGUCUUUCUCUCUCUCUCUACUCGUAUAUUUAUCUUUCGAGAGAAUUGUGCAAGUAUUUAUCUCAUAAUUGUCCUUUUUUUUUUUACGUAUAAUGUAGCGUUUGUCAGAUGUUCUCACCAGAUUUUAGAGCCAAAUAAUUGCAUUCUCUGGUGCAAUCGCUGAAAAUUAUGUCUUGUGCAAACUCUUACUCUACAUAUUCGUGAAUUUGCUUAAACGUCGAAAUAAAUUGCCGAUUUGUGAUUUUAACAAAAAUACGUGAAAGAAUAUAUGAAGAAACUUGUGCGUGAUGUCUGCGUACGUUAUAAUCUUCUCAAUGUACGGUACACGUGGAUAUUCGCGUCAGAAUAGCGGAGUACGUAACACAAUUUUCAUUACAAAUGUUGCUGCUUAACACUUGCAAUGCGACGAUAUACAUUUAAGAUUUGGCUUCAGUAGAUUAGCGUAUUUGAUAUGCAUGUGCUGCAUAAAAUAAAUAAUAAAAUUUUGAAAGUACAAUGAUGCGCGCAUGAUAUGCGUUUUAUGAUUUAUUCGAACUAGAAUACUUAAUGUAGAUUAUAUGUAAAAAAAGUUAUUCGACAGAUCGUGCUUAUUCAGAAUCGUUACAAACUAUAGGUAUAUGAUCUACUAAUAGUAUACGAUAGAUGAAAAUAGUUCUUGUUGAAAAGCAACUUAAAUAAUAUCACUAAUACGGCACUUGUUUAAACGCACGUAGGAAUCUCAGUUUUUUAAUAUCCUAGCAAAAGAGGCUAAACUAUCAAACGAGACUAAAGUGCGACAAGAUAGGGGAGAUACGCGAAAGUCUCGUCAAUUAUCUGUGCAUAAAAUCGUAUUUUUAUUAUUACCUGCAUCGAUACAGUUUAUGGUAUAUUUUCUAUAGUUCGUGAUAAAUACUUUUAUUUUAGAACAAUUAUUUGACAAUCAAAUAUAUAUUUAACAGUUCUUAAACAUCUUUUAUUUUAAUAAGUAAUAAUGGAUCAAGAUAUCUGAUUAAAAUUUAAAAUUAAAUUACAAUUCAUUGAUACACAAAUUAUAUAUCAAACUUCUGCUAGUACAAAUAAAAAUCAUGUUGAUAGUUAAUCAUUUUAUAUAUCAUUUUACAUAUGGAAUAUUUAAUUCGCACUCAUGUGUCGGUUAAGAUAUAUGUACAUAUAAUUAUCGAGUACUCUAUAUCGCAAUCUAUAGUUGAUGUAAGCAGAAAUGUACAAAUAUAGUGUAUUUACUUAAUGUCAAGUUAGUUAUCUGUAGUUCAUGUAGCGCAAUAAGGAUAUGUAAGAGAAUGAGAGAGAUUUAUUAUUUUUAAGAUCUCAGAGAUUAUAUUUUCGACUCAUUGUUGAUCAAUGAAUUUACAUUCUCUGUCCACAGCAUAUAUAUAUAUAUAUAAUAUAUAUACAUAUAUAUAUAUAUAUAUAUAUUUAUUUUUCUCUCCUUUUUUUUCUCUCUCCGAGAUAUUGAAUCAUCGCGACGUUAUCACACUGCAUUCUGCGCGACGCGAUACAUUAAAGAAAUAUCUGUAUUUGCCACGAUUUGAAAUUUUGCGCGGAUUGAUCAUUGCGAUAAAUGUUGUAAAUUAAAAAAAAAACGACUAUGUAUUACCGCGCACGAUGUUGUAUUCAUGUCGUGAAAUAAAUUAUAUCUUCUAAAUA